AGCUUUCUGGUUCAUUGCCCAAAGAUCAGAGAUGGCCGACGGUGGGAAGUCAAGCUCCAUUGCAGGUUUAUUUUCGUCAUUGCUGAUAGCAAUAUCGGAGAAAUGGGAUGUGAGGGUAAUGGCUCUUUCUAGUCUAACCUUACAAAUCAUCCUCUCUGUCGUUGGUAGACGACGUAGGAAAUGCAGAAAUAAUGCUAUCUUCAGAACCAUUUUAUGGUUUGCCUACUUAAGUGCUGACUGGAUUGCCAUUGUUACUCUGGGCAACCUUUCCAGUUCCUGUUCAGUAUCUUCCACCACCAACAUUUUAAGAGCAAAUUGGGCUCCCUUACUCUUGCUACAUCUUGGUGGCCCUGACACCAUCACAGCUUAUGCUUUCGAAGACAACCAGUUUUGGAUUAGGCACUUCCUCGUCCUUGUUGUCAAAGCCAUUUUGGUCAUUUAUGUCAUUUGUUUGUCGUGGAAGUUUUCUUGGCUCUCGUUUUUGAGUCUCCCUCUCAUCUUAGCGGGAAUUAUUAAAUAUGUAGAGAAGGUGCUGUGUCUAAAGUGGAAUCAUUCAAAGAAAAUAAAACCAAUCAUUUCUAAUAUCUUUCAUUCUAGCGAUUCUCAAGCUAAUGAGUCUUCAGCCCCUCAUAGCCUUCUAGAUGAAAACCCAGAUGUGUUCCUUGGAUACCUACAUUUUACAAUUAAGAGACCAGAUGUCAAUGAUUACCUCCCCUUUGAAAAUUUUUCCGACCUUAAAACAAGGGUGAGCACUUAUAUCAAGGAAAGUACAGGUGUAGAUGGUCAAAAUCCUAUGGAAGUUGCAAGUAAAUACUUUCAUCCAAAAAGGGUCGGAGGGGCGGAUACUUUCUUCAAACAAUUGUCUAUUGAACUGGGAUUUAUGUAUGAUGUUAAUUACACCAAAGCUGCUUUGAUUUACACAAAGUUAGGAUGCUUGUUGCACCUCACCGGUUUCGCUAGCUCAUUCUCGGUUCUACUGCUCUUCCUUAUUGCCAUCAUUAAUGAGUCAAAAUUGCAUUUCUCAAGCAUUGAUAUUGCCAUUACUGGCAUUUUAUUGAGUGGAGCUAUUGCAUUGGAACUUUAUGCAGCAUGGAUAAUGCUUUCUUCUGAUUGGGCAAUUCUUGUUGCUGAAUUUCAUCAUAAUGCGUUGGUACGCAAAAUAUUUAAGGGCACCUUAAAGCGCUUCCCUUGCUUAUUGCGUCGAACUGGAAGGUGGUCAAAUGAUAUGGGUCAAUUUGAUUUAUUAAAAUAUUGUUUGCAUGACAAGCAAACAAGCAUUCUACGAAAGAUUGCUAAUGACAGUGAUUUUAUUAAAAUGUGGUACAAAAAUAGGUUCACUGACUAUGUGAAAAUUCCAAGUAAUUUGAAAGAUGUAGGCAUUUACAUGAACUUCCUUCUUCCAAUUACAUUGGAAGAAUCCUUGAAGCCGUCGAGAGGAGAAAAGGCACUGCAGCAAUACCGACAAUUUGCUAAAAUAAAAUGGAGCAUUGAAUUGGACUUUGAUCACAGCAUAAUAGUAUGGCAUCUUGCGACGAGUGUUUGCUUCCUACAUAAGGAUCAUCUUUAUGAUGAAGCCAGGCGACUCAGUAAAUAUUUAUCAGAUUAUAUGAUGUAUCUGCUGGCCAUGCGUCCUUCCUUGCUAUUGCCUGAGCACAGCAAGAGUUUUUGGCUUGAUCAUACUUAUGACAAGCUCAAAGAACUAUUGUCUUCUGUAACUGAUAUAACAAUUGCUGCUUCUAAAUUAGCUCCAGAUAAUGAGAUCAUUGAAUCCAGCAAGAAAGGAUCGGAUUCAGAUUGCAAAUCAGUUCCUGGUAAGGCUGAUGACGUAGAGAAGCCUCAAUCCAGCGAUGCCAGUGAUAGAAUAUUUGGGCAGCUGCAGGGAGAAGUGUCCAAACUAGCCACACUUUUAAAGCAUUCAACAAAUAAAUGGGAAAUGAUUAGGGAUGUCUGGAUAGAAAUGCUUCUCUAUGCAGCGGUUUCAGGUCAGAACAGUAGUCACAUUAAGCAGUUAGGAGAAGGCUUUGAAUUCAUCUCACUUAUCUGGCUUCUUGCAGGCCCUAAUUUUAUUCUCCGAGACUGACUUUCCUUAGGUAUCGGGUCGGUAAUACCCUGCAAUAAAAUUCAUGAUUAUGGUGUUCCUGCCUAUCAAGAAAUAAAUGCAGUCAUUGUGUACAUAUUGUAUUUUAGGUAAUUGUAUUAUACCAUUUAUUGUGUAUCUGGAAUAAUCCCAAGUCAUCAUAGAAUACAUGAGGCACCUUGUA